GUUAGCCAUGGUUAUGUGCGUUGUAAAGAGCUGUGAUAGUAAGUCGAAGGUGUACUCUGCCAUCAUGUUUCAUAGAAUUCCAACGAAGAAAAAGGAACGAAAGAAUCAAUGGUUGGCUGCUCUGAACAUAGAUCUCAAAACACCGGUAGAAUCAAUCAAGAAAUGGCGUGUUUGCUCAGAGCAUUUUGGACCAGAUGACUACGUGGAAAACAUGGACAGUGUUACCCGUCCCACGGUACAGCGUCUAAAGGAUAUGGCCAUCCCAACAAUCUUCAGAGUACAGACAGGACCAAGUGGAUCAUCACCCAUGGCUGGUGAGCUUGGUGACGUACUGCAGGAUCUACCUGAACAUGAGGAUUCCUUCAGCCUUUUUGCCGGUGUACCACAGUCAACCCCUCAGAAAUCAAGACCUGCAAAAGAACUUCCAGCGGAGUUCAAAGUUCCGUUACCUAGUCCUGCACCGACAGUGACGUGCACAAAGCCAUUUGCUGCCCUGGCACCCACAUGGACACAAUUGGAAACACACACAUCAUCUGUAAUGGACAUCAGUUCAACAUCAGCCUUGGACAUCAGCAUGUGUUCAGAGCCUGCUGCUGAUACCAGUUUUGCUCCAUUCACAAGCCCCUCCACCUCUACCACAGGUAGCACUUCAAGCAGCUCUGAACAUCCCAGAGGAUGGAAGGAGAGAAAGUGGAUUGUGAAUGAGUCAAAACUCAUGGAGCUAUUCCAGAAAUGCUACACUUGUGGAGCUCUGAUGUCCGAGGCAGACCAGACCAUAAAAACAAUUGGUAGCCGAAUCACCGUGAGCUGGAAAUGCAACAACGGACAUACUGGACAUUGGGAAUCAUGUCCAAACACACAUGGAAUGCCGGAAAACAACCUACUAGCAGCAGCUGCCACACUCUUCACUGGUGCAACAUUUACAGACAUCGCUGACUGGGCUGGGCUCUUGAACUUGCAGCUGCCCCAAAAAACAACAUACUCCAACAUACAGGCAAGCCACCUCAUUCCGGUGAUUGAAGCAGCAUACAAGAAGCAGGAAGAUGUCAUAAAAGCGCGACUAAUUUGCCAGACUCAGGAUGGUGAGGGAGUGCAGCUCUGCGGAGAUGGGAGGAGUGACCGCUCAAGCCAUUCAUGCAAAUAUACAACCUAUUCCUUCAUGGAUGACUCCUCCAAUCAGGUAGUUGUUUUUGAUCUGGUUCAGGCGUCCCAGGCCACGAGUUCCAUAGCAAUGGAACCAAUGGGGUUCAGGAAAGGGCUGGAGAAGCUCUUGGAUGAAGAUAUUGACAUCAAAGUGGUCACAACGGAUAGACAUCCAUCCAUCAGAAAAUUGAUGAGAGAGGAGUAUCCUAACAUCAUAAAUCAGUUUGAUCCAUGGCAUGUGGCAAAAGGAAUAAUGAAGAAGCUGGUUUCUGCAUCCAAUCGGAGGAAUUGCAAAGAACUUGCCCCUUGGGUGAAGAGUGUGAGCAACCACAUGUGGUGGAGCUGUUGCUCAUCCAAGGGAGAUGCAAUGGAAUUGCACAGACGAUGGAAAUCAAUACUCCAUCAUAUCUCAGGGGUUCAUCGCUGGGAGGAAAAUGGCAUGGAGUACAAAUGCUACCAUAAAGAGCUGACAAGAGACCAGCAAAGGAUGAAGAAAUGGUUGUCAGUGGACUCCCCAGCCUACAAAGCCCUGGUUGAAAUAGUGAUGGAUACACGUCUACUGAAAGAACUGGAGAAAGUGACACUUUUCAAACACACAGGACAACUCGAGGUCUUUCAUAAUGCCCUGCUGAAAUACUGUCCAAAGCGUCUACACUUUGAAUAUGCAGCUAUGCAGGCACGCACAAUGUUGGCCAUUAUGGACCACAACAAAAACUACACUACACAGCAAGAACAGGCAACAACAGCAGCUGGCCUCCCAAGACACAAUGUUGUCUUUCAAAGACAGUCUAAGCAGUGGAUUGGCAGACCCAUCUAUACGAAGACGACACAAACAUUCAGAAAUGGUCUCAUGGAGGGAGUGAUUGAAAGAGGACUGGAUCCCACAGUCAAAUUCAAAGACUCGUCAUCCCAUGUCAGAAGCCCUCAUCUGGCAGCUAACAUCGCCUUACAGCCAAAACCCAGCAAGGGAGAUGUCCUAAGGGACUACACAUCAAGGUCAAAUGUCUAUCAGAGAAGCUGUGAUUGUCAUCUGUAACUCAGAAUGAACACAAACAUGCUAGCUCCCCAUAGACCUUGUAACUUUCAGGAUACACUGGGACUUUCCAUCAUGUAUAGGUCAAUAUCAAAGAAGCGUUUGUCCAUGUCCCUUGAAUGGUUGUCCACCCUGUCGUAUUGGGGAAUCCGUCCCUUUAAGAAAAGGCCAUCCCCUUUAGUGACAUCAGGACAACAGAUUUUUUGUCUCUUCAGUGGCGGGAAUUUCAACCGCUGAGGUGAGCAAGUUGGUGACUUUUCAAUUGACAUUUUCUUCGUAUGAGUUUGCUUACUUGUUUUUCCCAAGCUUAACAUGUCCACCCUGUCGCCAUAAAAUAUGCCAGAAGUGAUUAGAAUACAGUAUUUUCAAAAUAUGUCAGUUUAAAUAUACCAAAUUCUCUUCAACAACCAGACUAACUAUUUAGCUAGUCACACUUUGUUGUAAGCUAAUUGUGUUAAUUGAAGAUCAAAAUGUCCACCCUGUCGGCCACUUAGACAUGACAGGGUGGACACAGCAUUCAUUUGUAGAUAACAUUGCAAUUUAUAGAAAUUUAAUAUUGUAAGUUAUAGAAAGAUCUGCUGUAGAUAAUAUUUAGUAAUUUAUAAAAACAUAAAAUCAUUGCUCUUUCUCAGGACCUGCCUCUGAGUGCACGGCAAUACAGAAAACGUCGGGAUGCAAACCCCGAACGAAGAGAAGCAUACCUUAACCCUUGUAUGGUGUUCGGGUCUGUGGGGCCCAUUUUCACUUUUUUUUUUAAAAAGAAAAAUUAUACAAUUAAUUUUUUUUUUUCAAACUCAUACUCAUUGGCCUUGGCUUCUCAUACUCAUUGGCUGAUAUAUGUUCUUCUGUGAAGAACAUAUAUCAGAACAAAUUUUCAAUGACCACACACUGUAAACCAUAUAUACCAGUACACACACACUUAUAUUGCAUACAGGAUGUUUGGGUAUAAUCAGGCCCGGCUCUACGGGGGGGCCUGGCCCACCCAAUCAGAAGCUUGGCCCACCCUGGCCCCACACAUAACAGCCAAUCACAAAAUUGUUGUGAUAUUCAAUUGAGGUUCAUAUAUUUUUUUUCUUUUUCGUUUUCUUACCGCCCACACCACAUACGUGCUAAUACUGUAUUUUACAGCUAAUACAGGGAACCGCUAUCAACAUGCGCGGAAUUGAAAUCCUUUUGCAUGAGCGCUCGCGCCUUUUACUUUCACUUUCGAUUUGGCAAUCACGCGUACAGUGCUCUGUGUAAAGGGAGAACAUCUUACAAGAUCAGAUAUUUGUCAAUGAGCUAAGAAUCUGUUGAUGCAUGGUUUCGUCAGUCUCAGUGGUGUAGUGCAGGGUAUAUUCAGGUAUACGGGAUAAGCCGGCUUUGCGUAGCCUAUACCUACUUCUAAAUACCCUCUGAUGCGCAUUCAGUGGUGUCUCGCAUUAGCCAAAAUAAUGACAGUCCACCACAUGAUUUGCUAAUCAAAUCGUCUGUGAAUAAAUGCAAAUAUUCCCUAAAAACACCCAGUAAUGCGGUCAGGACGCUCCGGCUUCCCUUUAAAUAUGAUUGAUGAUUGCGCCCGCGCCUGCUUUGUCCCGAGACAAGAUGCUGACAGAGAUGCUGCCUCUUCAACAACAACAACUUCGAAUAAAGACAGCCAAAGUGAACACUCUUUAAUAACAGAAGCAGUGCUCAAUUACGCAUUAACUCCGUUACGCAUUACCGGCACUUUUAUAUUUUGAUCUUUAUCGCUUAGAGUCAGAGCGUAAGUGUCAGGGUAAUUAGAAAUGAUACUAUAAAAAUCAGACUACCCAGGAGGGGGCACCGUGAAUUACCUCUCAUCUCGACAAAUCAUGUGAAUGCAAGCAGAGUCGGUCUGGGGCGUGAGAGUCACGGGAAGUGCGCAAAGUGGCAAAAUAAUAAUUAAUUAUUGAUUUCUAAUUGGAAUCAGUACAUUAUAAUAUGAAAAGAAAAAUCAAAAGGACCAGGUUUUUGCGAUCAGAUAUUUUUUAAACCGGUAAACUCCUGUAAACUUUUCAGUCCAAGGAUCCAGUAAAACUUUGGCUUUCCUGUAGCUCAAAUAGUAGAGCAUGGCGCUACCAACGCCAAGAUCAUGGGGUUUGAUUCCCAGGGAAAGCAAGAGCUGAUAAAAUGUAAAAACUGUAACUUGAAUGCAAUGUAAGUCGCUUUGGAUAAAAGCGUCUUCUAAAUGCAUAAAUGUAAAUGUAAAACGAACGCGUUCAAACAGUAAGUUUAAAACAGCUCUAAUACAGAGAAAACCCGAGAUCAGAGAUUGCGGAGAGUCGUUUCAGCUUGGCUUAAAAGCACGAGUUUUUUAUAAUGGAUUUUUUUCACUAUAUAUAAAAAUUGUAAAUGGUAUUGGGGGGUUACAUUUGCCCGUCACUGCCAUGAGAGAAACAGUCAGUCAAACUUAGGAAUAUGCACAAUUCUGGAUAAAUUUAUCACUUUUUUUUUUUUUUUUUCAAAUAGAGAUCAUAUUCUCCUAUGAUUCUCAAUAGACAACUAAACAAAUAGCUUGUAAUUUACUAGAGGUUCUGACAAAAUGUUAAUUGCUGCGGUCUAUUUAAUUUUUAAAAUUUGAAUCAUGUAUUGCAAAAUUUGCACCUCUGUUGUGGCUAAUAUUAAUUUCAUAAUUAUCCUUACUCCGUGAAGUAGCAAAGUUAAGUGAAAAUGUGCAAGUCUUAAAUGUCACAGUUUAUAAUAUAAGGCAUUCAUCCUUUCACUUUAAAAAAAA